AUGACGUUCGGUUUGAUCACCAAUAUGAUAGUUUAUGUGACUGCUAGAAAGCUAAAUUCAAUGAGAAGCUCAUUCGGAAUCAUCACCAAAAACCAAGCAAUCUGCAACAUUCUAAUGUGUGUUCUCUUCCUGAUUUUUGUUGGACCCCUUCAAUUAACACCUAUCAAACUCCCUCACGACUACACUCGUUUUGUGGGGACUGUAUCGAUGAUAAUCUAUGAAAUCGCUGCUCAACUAAACUUUUUCAACUCGUUGAACCGAUUCUGUGCCGUCUACAUGAUUUUCCUUUAUGAUCGCAUCUUCUCUAACUUCAACACUUACUUCCUCCGAAAUGUAGCUAUUUUUGUAUCUGUUGCCAUGUGUGUCACAUUCUACGAGAUUCUCGGUUGCUACCUCUAUCUUGAUCCGGACUACUGGAUUUUCACUUUUCCUGAAGACGAUGAGAGAUGUAAUGAUCUCACUUGGUACUGUGAUUUCAUUUUCAACAUGUCACUAGUCAUCUCAACUAUGAUCCUUAACCUGUUAGCUGCAUACAAAGCUCGCAAACUUCACAGAAUGGUGUCUGAUACAACUGGAGUGAGAAUGUCAAAGGAACAAAGACAGCGAGAGAUUAACUUUAUUCGUCAAUCCUUCUUCCAAGGUCUUUCAAUGAGUGUUGCUCUGAUAUUCUACAGAAUCACUGCUCCAUUAAUAAGUGAUAAGAUUCUAUUGUUUUUGGAUGCAAGUCUAUGGGCAUUCAUGUUGGCAAUCGAAGGAGGAAUAAUUCUUCUAUCAAAUCAAGAACUUCUGCUGGCUGUUCGUAAAAAAAGGCAUGGUCGAGCUCAUAUCGUCGAUAUUCGCUCUGGAAAUAUAGAUAACUACAUUGUUCACCAUACAAGUACCCAUGGACCAGAGACAUCUCAUACCGCUAAAUUCUGA